AUGUCAUCCCCAGGGGCUUCCGUAUCAAAUAAUCCGUCCUUAAAUAACCUAGCGGCUUCGUUCCAUGUGCAAAGCAUUCCACUGGCCAUUUUCAUCCUUAUUAUCAUCUGUCUACUAUGCAUUGGAGUCCUUGUUGUCAUUGCUCUAUGCAUCUACGGAAAUCUAAGUAGAGGUGGCAAGAAGAGAAAGCAGGUGAAGCGUAUGAAAACAGUGUACAUGGAUGAGAUUGCGGCCUUGGAAGAAGGUGCAGGUGAGUACGGUCAAUUGAUGUACUCUAUGGAGUAUGACAUACCGUCGAAGGUGUUGAAAGUUGUGAUACUCGAAGCAAAGGAACUUAAUAAUGAUUCCGAUAACGAUCAGAUCGAUGCGUACGCUAGCCUCAAGCUCGUUCGUGAAAAGCAUGGGAGGUACCAUCAAAUCGGAAAGACCCAGAAGACCGACGUAAGAAGACGAACUAAAGCACCUCGGUGGCAUUUUCCGUGCACCUUUCAAGUGUCUCAAGAGGAUUUAAAGGAUGCCAAAUUGGUGUUUGAGGUUUUCGAUUAUGACACAAUCGGGCAAGAUAGAAGCCUGGGUCGACUUGAUGUUUCUUUAUCGUCCAUUGAUAUAGCAAGUUAUUUUGGAGCACCUUUUGAACAGAUUUGCUGUUUGAAGCCCGGAUCUCCGAAGUAUAGCGGUUUAGGAGAAUUAUGUGUUGGUCUUGCUUACUUUCCAAAAACUGAACGCAUUGAAGUGAUCAUUUAUGAAGCCAGACAAUUAAAAGUUAAGGAGCAUCUCUCAGAAACGAAAGAAUGCCAGCUUUCAGUACGCGUGGAAUUACGCCACAAAUCGCGGCGCCUGAAAACCUUUGAAAGUACCGCAAAAGCAGAGCUGGUUAAUCCGUACUUCAACGAAAAGACGACUCUACAGCUGAAAGAGAAACAGGCUCAAGAGGCAUGUCUUGUAUUUGAAUUGCUGAGGAAAAGAACGUACGGGCGCCGAACUCCACUGGCUUUCCUCACCAUUGGGCCGAGUGCCGAGUUGACAACUGGCGCAAAACACUGGGAGGAGAUGAUUCGAGGUAGCCCCCGAACACAGGUCAUGUGGCACACAUGGAUUCCCAAGGUUUCGGAUUUCUAG